UCACGGGGAGGAGGAGAAUGGCGGAAAGAGCAGGCGGCUGUGCCAGCUCCGGCUUGUCUAAACUUGUCCCCUUUGCAUUCCUCCGCUGAGGCCGGCCGCAAGGAGCAGCCCUAGGCCCCCCAGUCUGUGAAGGAGCUCCAGGCAGGAGGCUUGGAAGGUUUGGGGGUUUCUUGCCUUAGAAAUAUUAGGCAUGGCAAGCCUAGUCUUCUCUGGCUUUACUGGAGGACUCCUUGGCAGCUGCUUGUGUGGACUAAAAGCACGCUUCCUGGGCCGGCAGCCCCGUCAGAUGAUUACAAGUGGAUUAGCUGGAUGUAUCCGUUGACCGACACAGGGCACUAGACAGCAUUUGGGAAAGACAGACUGCUCUGUAUGGACCAAGGACUGAGCCCAGACUAACCAAACAUCCUCUGAGGCAGGGUGGCCAUUGCUGCAGGGGAGCAAUGGCCCCCAAACGCAAGGCGCCUGCCAAGGCCCAGACCCAGGGCAAGAAGGUGAAGCAGGAGCCGGAGGAGGACAGCGUCCGCUCCACUGUGGAGGCGCUGAAGACCGCUCCCAAGGAGAAGCUCAAAGCCAAGAUCGACUCUGCCUGCCAGCUGAGCAAUGGCAGCGAUGCCCAGAUCCAUGAGGAUUACGACUGCAUGUUGAACCAGACCAACAUCGGAAACAACAACAACAAGUUCUACAUCAUCCAGCUCAUCGCUCACAAUGGCAGCUACAGCUGCUGGAACCGCUGGGGUCGCGUGGGGGAGGUGGGACAGUCAAAGCUCAGCACCUUCCCUUCCCUGGAAGCCGCCAAGAAGGACUUUGAGAAGAAGUUCCGGGAGAAGACCAAGAACAGCUGGGCUGAGCGGGAGAACUUUGUGGCCCACCCUGGCAAGUACACCCUGAUCGAGGUGCAGCAUGGGGCUGAGGAGGAGCAGGAGGUGACCGUGAAGGUGGACAGCGUGGAUGGAGGGAAGCGCUCCAAGCAGAGGACACUGCCCUGCAGCCUGGACAAGGCCACCCAGGAGUUGGUCUCACUCAUCUUCAGCAAUGACAUGUUCAAAGAGGCCAUGCAGACCAUGAAUAUCGACGUGAAGAAGAUGCCGCUGGGGAAGCUGAGCAAGCAGCAGAUCGCCAAGGGCUUUGAGGCCCUGGAGGCCAUUGAGACGGCUCUGCAGGAGCAGCCGCUGUCCUGCAGGCAGCUGGAGGAGCUGUCGUCCCGCUUCUACACCAUCAUCCCCCACAGCUUCGGCCGCGCUAGGCCCCCUCCCAUCAACACGCAGGAGAUCGUGCAGGCCAAGAAGGACAUGCUGCUGGUGCUGGCAGACAUUGAACUGGCCCAAAGCAUGCAGGCGCAGAAGAAAGAGGAGGAGGAAGAGGAGGUGAAGGUGGAGGAAGUGCCUCACCCGCUGGACAAGGACUAUGAGCUUCUGAAGUGUGAGCUCACCCUGGUGGACCCGGCAUUGGAGGAUUACCAGGUGAUCCAGACCUACGUAGAGAAGACUGGGGUGAGCCACCGGAAGGUCAAGAUCCUGAACAUCUGGAAGGUGAAGAGGGAGGGAGAGAGUGAGCGCUUCAAGGCUCACGACCACCUGGAGAACCGGCGCCUGCUGUGGCAUGGCACCAACGUGGCCGUCGUCGCCGCCAUCCUCAAGAGCGGCCUGCGCAUCAUGCCGCACUCCGGCGGGCGUGUGGGCAAGGGGCUUUACUUCGCCUCCGAGAACGGCAAGUCAAUGGGAUACGUGAGCUGCACCUCCCAGGGGGUCGGGAUCAUGUUCCUCAACGAGGUGGCCCUAGGCAAGGAGUAUCGGAUCACCCAGGACGACCCAUCAUUGCGCAAGGCCCCCCCGGGGUAUGAGAGCGUAAUCGCCUGUGGUCGGACUGAGCCAGACCCUGCUUGUGACCGGGAGCUGAUGGUCGAGGGCAGGAAGGUGCUGGUGCCGCAGGGGAAGCCCAUCCCCAUGGCCAAGUACCAGGACUCCUACUUCAGCCAGAGCGAGUACCUGAUCUACCAGGAGAGCCAGUGUCAGAUCCGCUACCUGCUCCAGCUCCGCCUCUGAGGUGCUUUCCCGCAGGCCCGGCACCCCUCCAGCUCCAGGAGACCGUGGCCAGCUGUGCCGAUGGCGACGAUGCCCCGGGGUGCGACCUGCGACAGGGUGAGAUGACAGUGCUGAGUGAGCUGGCUGCGGGAGCACCUCUGUUGCCUGCUGGCUCAGGAUCCCUGGGUCCCACGGGCCUGGGAGUGAUGCUCUCAGACAUGCCAUGAAAUGCAUGGCUCCUGCACUUGGAGUCCCUGAGCCAUGCUGCCCGGAGGAGGGGGCUGGGGCGCAGCUGCCAUAGCCAGUUAAACUCCCAGCAGCCUCUGUUGGGGCUCCAGAGGGGACUCUCGAGUGCUGGAGUCUGCGAGCAGCAGGGCUCUCCGAGGCCUUCUGUUAGUGUAAAUAAAAGUGUGUGCGAUUGCAAUCAGUUUUCCCCCAUGUGUCACUCUGGCGCUGGAGAACUCAGCGGGGGUCGGAUCCAGGGGCUGGCAUGGGCACAUCGCUUUGGCUUGCUCUUGCUCCUGGAGCUCUUGUCUGGGAGAUCCCAGCAGAGGGAGAAGAUCAAGGGACUCCCCUCCCCUUUUUGAGAGGCCUAGGAAACGGGGCCUGUCACAGAUCCGCCCCCAGGGAGAUCCGCUCACCCUGCACAGUGGCCUCAGGAGGUGUGGGCUGGCCUUUAGGGAUGGGGGUGCCCUACCCAGGAGACAUGCUGUGGUGGCUGUGGGUGAGGAGAUCAGGGCAGGGAGCAGCUGCUGAUCAGGAUCCCUGUGCAGCUUCCCAGGCACCUGCCAGCCAGGCUCGGGGAAGGUUGCUAUCUGGUCUCUCCCACGGAUGGAAAGGCAGGAACAGGGAGGAGGCCGGGGGGGCCCGUUAGAAACACUGGUGCUGGGAGAAGUAUGACGGGGGGCAAUGGGACAUGGGAUCAGCGGGUGCCGAGAGGAACAGGAGGAGGAAUUGGGGGGCCAGAAACAAGAGCAGGGAAGUGGGGCGGGGCUGAUACACUCAUCGCAAAUCUCCAAGUCCGGGUCUGAGCGGUUAAUUUGUGCAAAGUAAACUAAAGAGACAUAUUCCCUUAUCUAAUCUGGCUACUUAUAUGGCUGCCAUCACCAUAGUAUCCUGCACCGAGGCAGUAAUUGCUAGGCGAGAGAACAAUAAUGAUCUAUCUCGCUCUUCCUCGCUGGCCUGGUGGGGAAGGAGCUGGAUUGGCUCGGAGCUCUGGGCAUCUGUGGGAAGAUCUGACUGAGGGGAAGCCACGGGCUCAUCUUCGCUGCAGGUAACUCGAGUUGUCCCUUGAGGGUUGUUCCACAGCGAGUGCCGUCCACACCCAUGAACCCAGAACUCCAGUGGGAUGGGCUGUAGCUCGUGUUAGCUCCACUUGCAGUUGCUCUGGGCAUGGCGGCUCUUGCUCGAGCCAGGCUAACUCGAGAGGGCGUAGCUGACCCGGGUUAACUCUGCAGUGCUAGCAUGGCCUCUGUCUGAGCUGUGCAUUGAGUUCUGAACCCGGGCCCAGUCUGAUCUCCUACACAGGCAAUUUCCAGAGUCUAGGGCCAGCCCCCAGGAAAGCUCCAUCUGCACUGAUGAGCUUCCCCUGGGCGGUGGAAGGUGGCUGGCCUGGCAGGUCCUGGAGGCUAAGGCCUGUCUCAGCCAGCCAGAGCCAGGCCCAUCAAGGGCUUCGAACUACAGGGCACAGGCUGUGAAGUGGACUCUGCUCAGUGGGAAGCUGUUGCAGAGCAGGGUGGUGGGGCUAUGCAGCCAGGCUGCUGCACUUUGGGGGUGUAUCUAUCCCUGGGUGACUGGGUCUAACCAGCUGCAGUAGCCCAGCCUCAGGCUCGCAGAUGCCUGAAGGUCAGGGCUGAAGCUGCCAGGGCGGGGCUCAGCAUGGGGGAUUUGCCACUGUGGGUAUCUGAGCACCCAAGAGCACUAAGGAGCCCCAGGAUGAAAUCUGGGCCCCUUGAAGUCAAUGAUAAACCUCCCCUUGAGCUGGAGAGCCAGGAUUUCACCCAGGCUCUGGCUGGAGGGGGUGUUCCAGCAUGAGGAGUUCUGUUCCAGGGAGCGCUGCAGAGAGAGCCUGGGGCAUCUGUACCUCACACACUUCUCCAGUGCCUCCCCUGGCCUACCUGGAGCUGCUCUCGCAUCCUCUCAUGGCCUGCCCCUCAGGCUCUCCAGGGCUGGGUGGCUUCUGUGGGAAGCAGAGCUGGGGAGAUACCAGAGGCUCUUCCCUGCCCCAGCAAAGUGCAGGCGUGAGGGGCCUGCCAUGAUGUUUGCAUAGUGCAUUCCUGCUGCAUUGUGUCUGCACAAGCACACCUGUGGGCGCAAGGCUGUGUCUAUGUGCUGUUUCCCCUAGCAGCAGCCAAAGGGGCAGGUCCCCACUGACUGAUCCACGCUCAGUCCAGUUUUUGUGCUCAGGACGUUGAUGCUAACCAUGCUGUCGGAAGCCAGCUCCACCCCCACUCUGCUCUGCCAGUGCCCCUUAAUGCUGACCCUUUCCCAAUUGACCCUGUAAUUCUUUAGUGAGAGCAAGUCCCUUUGGAGCAGUGGAACGAGAUCAUAAUGCUAAUUGCAUCUGGGCCCUGAUCAGGGCUAGUGCAAGGAUAUUUUGCGCCCUAUGCAAAACUUCCACCUUGUGCUCCCCCCCCACCACCCCCACCCCCAACAACCUCCAAAAACUAGUAAACUUAGCAUUAUAAACAGCCUGUCAGAAUGGGUAACGGCUGUUGUAAUGUUUCUUUUUUACCUUUAAGGCAUUUCAGUUGUUUGCCUCUGAUGGUGUCCCAUUCAAAGUCUUACUAUUGUGCAAAGCUAAACAAUUGAGCCUUGCAUUGCAUCACCAGCCAGGUUAGGCAGGGUGACAAAUCCCCCUUGCCCCAAAGGGCCAGUAUAUAAAGCAGGCUUUUAAGGUAAAUACAUUAUUCCUUCAAUAUUACCCAUGCACACAUCUCACAAAGAUUCUCACUCUUGACAAGUUACCAGCCUUGUGUAGAUCCCUUCCACGUUCCUCUUUGUGGAUAAGUGCCCGUAAGACACGUGUGGGGUGCAGUGAGUUUGUCCGGCCUGCGGUGACAGCUGUUUGUGAAAAUCAGGGGGCCCUUUGCCAAGGGGUGCUGGUGUCACAGUGAGCUUGGGGUGGCUGACAGUAUGGGGCAGGGCACUGAGGCUGGUGGGGCAGGUAACACUGGGCUGGUGGGGAGGCGGUGCCGGGAUGGGGCAGGGGCAUGUCAGUCUCCAGUGCUUGGGCUGUGCCAGGGCCAGCAGCCUCUUCACCUUGGAGUCUCCCCUGCUUGCCUGGGGGCCGCUCCUCCUCUCAGGUUCCCCGGCCGCUGCCACCACCCGGGAGGACACAGGUGUGGGGCGCUGCCGCGGAGGAGACACAAGGGGCCGGGCUCGGCUGGGACCCCGCACCUGCCGGCCGAGAGCAGAAGGAACUGGGAGCUGCUCAUGGGGAGCCAAGCGGCCCGAGCCCAGGGUGGCGGCAGGGGCAGGCGGAGAGCGUAGCUCACCAUGGGGCAGGAGAGGCCGCGUUGCUGCUGCUGUUUCCCGGCCCUGCCGCGUGGCUCAAAGGAUGGCUGUAGGCCCCUAAGCAAUAGUCUAAAAAAAAUUUCUGGGCACCGCUUUUUGGCGCCCCCAAAUCUUGGCACCCCAGGCGGCCGCCUAGUUCGCCUAGUGGUUACACUGGCCCUGGCCCUAAUUCAGAUAUAAGGACUGGCUCCCCCCAUGCCCUCUCUUGUCAAUAUCAGUGCGGCGUAUAAGGCUGCUGGCUGUUCUUUUGCUACAAGUGGUUUCUUAGGCCUGCUGCCAUCAGUCACUUUGUUCCCUCAAUAGCAUGAUAGCACUUGACAAUGGGAGCAAAAAUCUAGUCAGCCGCACCACCCGCCACCUUGUUCGGCUCACCAACCAAUCCAGUCUUGGCCUCCAGCUCCUCCAGGGCCAUAAAAUCCAGAGGUAAAACUCCCUGAGAAUAAUGGGUUCCCUUGAAAAAAAAAUCUUGUAAACAAGCUAAUGGCUGCCAUGUAAACUCGUGAAUCUAUUUCCCCAUGUUAAGUUCUCCUCACACCUUCUAUGGGUCAUCUCGAUUAUCACUUCAAA